CGCUCCCCGCACACAUCACAUCCGGGUCACAGCCCCCGCUGGCAGCUACUUCCGGUGCACUCUGCUGUCACCAUGGCGGCGGUCACUCACCUGUUCCGGGCCGGACAGAAAUGUUUCUCUCCAUGGUGUCCUCUCAGGAGAGCUGUGUCCUCUGCUCCGCUCAACCAGAGCGACUCUGUGAGGGCGGAGGGGGCGUUCCAUGUGACCAUGAUACCGGGCGAUGGAGUGGGGCCGGAGCUCAUGCACUCGGUGAAGGAAGUGUUCAAGGCAGCCGAUGUCCCAGUGGAGUUUGAUGAGCAUCAUCUGAGCGAAGUGCAGAACAUGGCGUCUCCGCAGAGGCUGGAGCAGGUCCUGGAGUCCAUGCAGGCCAAUAAAGUGGCCAUUAAAGGGAAGAUUCACACCCCCAUGGAGUUUAAAGGAGAGCUGGCGUCCUAUGAGAUGAGACUCAGACGUAAGCUGGACUUGUUUGCCAAUGUGGUCCAUGUAAAUAGCCUUCCUGGUUACAAGACCCGACACAACAACCUGGACUUGGUGAUCAUCCGGGAGCAGACGGAGGGGGAGUACAGCUCUCUGGAGCACGAGAGUGUCAGCGGCGUCAUCGAGUGCCUGAAGAUCAUCACCAGGGUGAAGUCUAACCGGAUCGCCAAGUUUGCCUUUGAUUAUGCUACUAAGAAGGGCCGAUCCAAGGUGACUGCGGUGCACAAGGCAAAUAUCAUGAAGCUGGGGGACGGCCUUUUCUUGCAGUGCUGUAAGGAGGUGUCGGAGUUAUAUCCCCGGAUCCAGUUUGACACGAUGAUCAUUGAUAACUGCUGCAUGCAGCUGGUACAGAACCCAUACCAGUUUGAUGUGUUGGUGAUGCCAAAUUUGUAUGGCAAUAUCAUUGAUAACCUGGCGGCUGGUCUGGUUGGUGGAGCGGGCGUGGUGCCCGGAGAGAGCUACAGCGCGGAGUACGCCGUGUUUGAGACUGGCGCCCGUCAUCCCUUUGCCCAGGCUGUGGGCAGGAACAUCGCUAAUCCAACCGCCAUGUUGCUGUCCGCCUCAAACAUGUUGCGUCACCUCAACCUCGAGUAUCACUCCAAUCUCAUCUCAGAUGCAGUGAAGAAGGUGAUUAAACAGGGAAAGGUUCGAACGCGGGACAUGGGCGGAUAUUCCACCACCACGGACUUCAUCAAGGCUGUGAUUGACAGUUUGCAUGCCCGUUACUCUAACUAGCCCCAUCCAUCCAUGCUGCUUCUCUUCCACGCUGCUCUGCCUUGUACGUCUGACCGAGAGUGCCUGACCGGAGCUGCUGCCUCACAUCCCGGCUCCUAUACAUCCCCAUAGCCAGACUCAUAGGUGUCCUGGUGCCUUGUGGUGCGGUGUCCCAUGCCGCAGACUUCGUCUGUAUAUUUCCAUCCACAUAUAAUGUACAUAAUAUAUAUAUAGGAUGGCAAUGUGUGUAGUAUAUUCCGUACUGUGAUUGUUGUACCAGCGAUGAUCGCGGCAAGGGUAUUAAACUGUAACACAUUACAAGACUGCA